GUUAUAGGGACUGAGUGUGUGAGCCCUUAAACUAAUGACUUUUUUCUUCUCAGUUUCGUCCUUGGAAGUCAGUUUCUAACUGCAAUAGAGCAACAAAUAAUCUGGGAGUUUGUGGCCGGCAAGGACCAUGCUGACUUUGCAGAGCUCCACUGUCCUGCUGCUUUUGAGCUUCCUGGCUGAUCUGAGCUGCUCCCUGAACCCAAGAGACCCCAAUGUGUGCAGCCUUUGGGAGAGCUUCACCACCUCGGUGAAAGAGUCCUACUUGCAUCCCUAUGACCAUGCAACAGACGAGCCCUGCUCGGACCCUCGGACCUCCUACAGAUGCACACGCCACAGAAUCACCUACAAAACAGCCUACAGGCAGGCGGUAAAGACAGACUACCGCAAGAGGUACCAGUGCUGUCCAGGCUAUUACGAGAGCAGAGACAAAUGUGUUCCUCGCUGCACCAGGGAGUGUGUCCAUGGCCGGUGUGUCGCUCCAGACCGGUGCCAGUGUGAGGGAGGCUGGCGAGGCGACGACUGCUCCAGUGCCUGUGAUGACAAACACUGGGGCCCAGACUGCAGUCAGCAGUGCAACUGUGAGAACGGAGCUCUCUGCGAUCCUGUGAAGGGGACAUGUCAGUGUCCUCCGGGCUUCAUGGGACGCUACUGCAAGGAGUCCUGUCCUGUGGGCAACUUCGGGAAGGGCUGUCUGCAGAAGUGCAAGUGUGGGACUGGAGGAUCCUGUGAUAAAGCAACAGGAGAAUGCUUAUGUCAGGAUGGGUUCACUGGGACAUUUUGUGAGAUGUUAUGCUCCAAGAGAUGCCAGGCACGAUGUCCCUGCCAGAAUGGAGGUAUCUGUAAGGGCAAAGGGAUCUGUGCUUGCCCCCCUGGGUGGACGGGUGCAGUCUGCACAGAGCAAUGUCCAGAGGGAAGGUUUGGACCAAACUGUGCUGAGGAGUGUGUCUGCCACAACAGGGGAAAAUGUGACCCUGAAACUGGACAGUGCCAGUGUGCCAAAGGUUUCACUGGUAACAGGUGUAAUGAGGAGUGUGCUGCAGGUACUUAUGGUCAGGACUGUAAAGGUGUGUGUGACUGUGCCAAUGGUGCACGUUGCUACAACAUCGAUGGAGGCUGUCUAUGUGAGCCAGGCUUCAGUGGUCCACAGUGCAGGGACAGGAUGUGUGCACCCAGCAAAUAUGGCAUGCACUGUGAACGCACGUGUCUCUGUCAGGACAAACACACGCUCAGCUGCCAUCCAAUGAAAGGAGAGUGCACAUGCCAGCCAGGGUGGGCAGGACUUUACUGCAAUGAGACCUGCGCUCAUGGCUUCUAUGGUCACGGCUGCCUGGAGCCGUGUCUGUGUGUUAAUGGAGGGGUGUGCGAUAGUGUCACCGGUCGAUGCCAGUGUGCCCCCGGGUUCACAGGGGUUCACUGUGAGAAUCCAUGUAAAAGUGGCACUUAUGGCAAAAACUGCUCUCUGGACUGUUCCUGUGAAAACUUUGUCAACUGCUCACCGAUCGACGGGACGUGCUUCUGCAAAGAGGGCUGGCGAGGGCUGGACUGUUCCACCCCCUGCUCUGAGGGAACCUGGGGCCCAGGAUGCAACACCACCUGUCACUGCGCCAAUGGGGCAAAAUGUAACCCUGCAGAUGGGUCCUGCACAUGUGCAGCCGGCUGGAAGGGGGCGCGCUGUGACCAGCCAUGCUCUAUGGGCACGUUUGGGCCAGGCUGCCUGAAGAGGUGUGAUUGUGUUCAUGCUGACGGCUGCCAAGCUGCCACUGGGGAGGGCCACUGUCUGCCCGGGGGGUGGGGUGAGCGAUGCCAGCAUGCUUUAAUCUGUGUUUUGGAUAUGGGCACGUUUGGGCCAGGCUGCCUGAAGAGGUGUGAUUGUGUUCAUGCUGACGGCUGCCAAGCUGCCACUGGGGAGUGCCACUGUCUGCCAGGUUGGUGGGGCUCCCGCUGCAGUCUGCCAUGUUCAGAGGGUCUGUGGGGUCGCCACUGUAACCAGACCUGCUUCAAGAAUUGCCCCAACAGCGACACAUGCUUAAGAGAAACCGGAGCAUGUGUGUGUCGCCCCGGCUACUGGGGAGCCACAUGUCAGAACAAAUGCAGAGCUGGUAUAUAUGGUGACCAGUGUAGCAUGUCCUGCCCCUCCUGUGGCCUCUCGUACCGCUGCCAUCAUGUGACAGGAGAGUGUGACUGCCUAUCUGGCUACACUGGACCCAACUGUGAUCAAGUUUGUCCACCAGGCUACUAUGGCAAACAGUGUUCUGAAGUGUGUGUGAACUGUGCCAACAACUCCACAUGCGACCAUCGGGACGGUCACUGUGAAUGUUUGCCUGGUUGGACUGCUACUGACUGCUCCAUACCUUGUAGUCUGGGACGGUUCGGCCCAUUCUGUGCUCAGACCUGCUCCUGUCCGAUAAACCUCGUGUGUGACCGAUUUACAGGGGACUGUGUCUGCGAAAGUGGAGGGGACGACUGUAAACAAGAGUCAUCUGAGCAGUCAGGGAGUGUUAUGGUUCCUCUUCCGCCUGGUGAAAGAGAGUCAUGGGGGGCCAUUGGUGGCAUCGUUGUGCUCGUCAUCCUGGUGGUCCUGCUGCUCGCUCUGCUGCUGCUCUACCGUCGCAGGCAGAAGGACAAGCAGAACACGCCCACUGUCUCCUUCUCCACCAGCCGCACUGUCAACUCUGAAUACGCUGUUCCAGAUGUUCCACACAGCUACCACCACUACUACUCCAACCCCAGCUACCACACACUGAGCCAGAACAGGCCUCCUCUGCCGCACCUCCCCAACAACCACGACCGCACCAUCAAGAACACCAAUAACCGGCUGUUCUGCAGUCUGAAAAACAUGGAGAGGGAGAGGAGGGGUCUGUUUGGGGUUGAGAGCAACGCAACUCUGCCUGCAGACUGGAAACACCAUGAGCCCCACAAAGACUCAGGAGCUUUUGGGAUUGAUCGGAGCUACAGCUACAGUGCCAGCCUCGGAAAGUAUUACAACAAAGAGCUGAAGGACACAGUGGCAGUGAGCAGCAGCUCUCUGAACAGCGAGAAUCCUUAUGCUACCAUCAAAGACCUGCCCAGCCUGCCUUUCUGUCCCCCAGAGAGCAGCUACAUGGAGAUGAAGUCAGCCAUGCCCAGAGAGCGAGCUUACACAGAGAUCAGCCCACCGCCCUUCAACAUGGCCACAUUACACAGAGAGCGUCAGAGCUCCCUCGGUCACCCUCCACACGAGGACCCCCAGAACCACUAUGACCUCCCAGUGAACAGCCACAUCCCGGGACACUACGACCUGCCUCCUGUCCGCCGACCCCCCUCCCCAUCCCCGAGAAGAACAACUCAAUGACCGGCACAGUAGCGCAGCAAGUUUCCCUCCUCUGCAGAUUGGGGAUGAUUUCAGGUUUGCAAAAAAAGAGCAAACUUCAUGCUCCUCUCUGACAGUCAGAGCUGUAGACCACCCACAGAGCAGAGGCCAGGCAUCUGAUCCUGUGAGCGACUCCUGUUUACUGCGGAUAACCCUCGUUCAACUCAACUCUGCCUCUCUGUGGGCUAAAGUGGUACUUGCUUCACCGUGACAGACUUGUCAUCCAGACCGGUGAGCCAGCAGGCUGUAGUGAGGACUGCUGGACUGUGGCGUCGCCAGUGGGGCUUCAGCUGCAUUCACAUCCCAUGGGAAAAAUAUUCCUAAAGACUUCACAGCUGAAAGCAGCAACUUGGGAUUGUUUGUGUUUGAAGUCAUCAAAAUAUGCUGUAAAUGAUGUUUUCCACCGAUUUUGUUUGCUACUGAUCAGCGCGUUUCAUUAGAAUUCAAACUGUCUGCUAAAAUAACAAAUGUCAUUGUUUGAUGUUGCUAUUUUAUUUUUUGGUAAAAUUUGAGUAUACUGAAUCUAUAAACUUGCCAAACUUUUUUAACAGGGAGCCUUCAAUCAGCUCAUACGGCUGGACUUUCAUUUAUGUCUUUUAAAAUUCAAAAAGGUUACGGGACCUUUUAAAGACACCCUGUGGCACAUAUGAGGUUGUCUUACAGCAAACUGCUUGGGUAAAUAACUGCCAUUUGACUGUCUUGUGACAUACACAUUAACAAAACCGGUUUUCUUUAUUACUGAUAUUUCAUCACAAACUAUUGGUUCGCCACCUUAGAGCCAAGUUAGCAUUGUCUUUUCCAAAUGUGGCAUUCACAGACACAAGUACUCACCCCGUUUGUUUACAUGGUUCACUCAUUGCUGUUGCCAGAUGAAAACUUUGUAAAUAUUGAAAUAGGAAUAUUGUUAGCCAGUCAUGUUUUAUGAUGUACGAGUUUUUAAGGGGUCUGUGGGACCACAGAUCACAUUUAAUUAUUAAUAAACACCAAAAGGUCAGUUUAAGCACAAAUACAGUUCAUGUUGUGAAAAAUACUGUCAAACCAGGAAGUACAAGCCAACUCAAAGCAGCAUUAUGAAUGUGCAUGCACUGUCCAGCAGCAGCAAGUUUUGCAAAUCAAGUCUGUGCAUGGUAGAUACUGCCAAAGGGGAAAGGUGUUUUUGUACUAUGGGUGAAUUGACCUGUUAAACAUUCUGCCAAAAACACACUAAACUUCAUGGUUUAAAACAGCCAGGGAAAAAAAUCUGUAGGCCUACCGUUAUUCAAGUCAUUAUUUCUAAACUUUGUCAAUCAGCAUCUUGCGUUGCCUCUAAAUAAUUUUAGAAAUACUACAAUGUGUUUGUUUUCUGUCAGUGUUGGACCAAAGGUUUACUAUCCUGCCAAACCCAGUGUACCAGACAGAGUGGACAUUGUGCUUUAAAUGCUUGGGUAGAGCUUCAGCGUUUUUAAAUAUGGUCAUAUAUUUGUGAAUGUAACCAUAAGAUGUGUAUAUAAUGUAAAUAAAAAUGGCUGCACUUUUCAACACCGAUUUUGAAU